AUGGCACGGUGGCUCGCUCAUAAGAACACGUAUGCAGCGGCCGGGUUAGGCAUUAUCAUCUCGAUGUCGUCUCCUAAAGUCUGGUUUAUCACCGGUGCAUCGUCGGGCUUCGGUCGUGCAUUAACCGAGCUUGCGCUCAAGAACGGCGACAAGGUCGCAGCGACGCUGCGAAAGCCCGAGGCCAUAUCCGACCUUACCGCACAAUACGCCAUCGACACCGUUCUGCCGAUUCAGCUGGACGUGACGAAGCACGAGCAGGUCAAGGCCGCGUUCGACAGGGCGCUCGCGCACUUUGGGCGGAUCGACGUCGUGUUCAACAACGCGGGCGUGCUCGUGCUGUCCGAGGUCGAGACGAUGGUCGAGGCAGAUGCGCGAACGAUAUUCGAGGUCAACUUCUGGGGAGCAGCGUUCGUCACCCAAGAGGCGCUGCGGGUGUUUAGGGACGAGAAUAAGCCGCAGGGGGGAAGACUAUUGCAGGUGUCGUCGGGGGCGGGAGUGGUGGGUAUUCCAGGGAAUGGAUUUUAUGCUGCUUCGAAACAUGCUCUCGAGGGAUUAAGUGAGUCAGGAGCUAAGGAGCUUGACCCCGCCUGGAACAUCAAGAUCACCCUUGUUGAAUUCGGGGCCUUCCGAACCAAGAUGCUCGCCGACAACGUGAAGCUUCUUCCCCAUCACCCAGCAUACGAUAACAAAGCUCUCGCCGGAUACCAGAUCCGCAAAUACAUCAGAGGGACAUUGGUCAAAGGCGACGCAGAGAAGGCGAUAGGUCAGGUGUUGAAGUUAUCGCGGCUCGAAGACCCGCCGCUGCGGCUGAUGCUGGGGAAGGAUGGGUUCUCUAUGGUUCGCGACAAGUUGAAGGGAUACAGUGGAGAGCUGGAUAAAUACGAAGCGUGGUCUGCAGAUCUUGAUGUAGAGGAGUAG